AUGCCUUACAUGCAAAUAACGGGUCCUGUGAAGUCAAAAGAGAGAGAGAGCUUUCUCACAUUUUACGAUGGUAAUGGUCUUAAGGAUAGGAUCGCACUUCCAGUGUCAUUGCUUAUGUUGUCUCCUAUGUCUUACAGCAAAGAACAUGCUGCACAAAUCUGGAGGCCAGAAAAUAUCCCUUCCAGCAUGGCAGCUUUGAGUUUCUUGCUGGCCAUUGCUAAGCGGUUAAUUCCAAUGCAUAUGCUGAUAUCUGACCUUUUGGUCGCGUGCAAGGUGUACCCUGAUCUAUCUCUUGAACAUUCUUUAUCCACUUUGUUUCUGUCUGGGAAUCGAUGGAUCAUGCAAAAAAUAGCAUUUCAUUGGCUGCACAUUCUAGGAGUCGACAUCAUCAGUGCACCACUGAAGACAUAG